AUGGAUCUGCUUCGAUUUCGAUUCAAUAUUUUGCCCAAGGAUAAAGUUCAGGACUUCUUAAAGGAUAGUCAUUUGCAUUUUGAGGCUAUGGUCAAGAUGCAGUUCUCAGGAAGGAUUCGCAAGAAGCUGAGAUUGGCAGGAAGUCAUGACAAGCCUUCACUGUCUGCCUUGCCAAGCCAUGUUGUUGCUCAGGGACAAAAUUUGACUCUUAUCUGUGGCACUCAUAAUGAGUCUUUUACAUUCAAGCUGUACAAAGAACAUGGGGCUGCUUUGCCUCAGUUACAUGAAGGAAUAUUCCAAAAGAACCAUGUCUUGGGUCCUGUAACUCCAGAAUAUUCUGGAACCUACAGAUGCUAUUGUAACAAUCAUCAAUACACCAGUGAACUGUCAUCACACAGUGACCCUCUGAAGAUCAUAGUUUCAGGAAUCUACAGGAAGCCUUUCUUCUUGGCCCUACCAACUCUCCUGGUAAAUUCAGGAGAGAAGGUGAACCUGGAAUGUCAUUCAGAGAUUAUGUUUGGCAACUUCAUUUUGACUCUACACAAAAAUAAGUUAAUCAAGGACUCUUUUCAGCUUUCUGCAGAAUCUCAUCUUGGGGGAUCCCAUGCCACCUUCUCAGUAGGUCCUGUGACACCUGACCAUGCUGGGACGUACACAUGUUAUGGUUCUUACAUUGACACACCAUACGAGUGGUCAGAAUCCAGUGACCCUGUUGACAUAAAGAUCACAGGUUUAUACAAGAAACCUUCUCUGUCAGCCCUUAUAGACCCUGUGGUGAUGUCAGGAGAGAACAUAACAUUGUCCUGCAUCUCUGACCAUCAGUUUGACAUGUUCCAUCUGUCCAGGGAAGGAGUGCUUCAAGGACAUGGGCUGCCUGUAGUUAAGAGCCAAAAUAACACAUUCCAGGCCAAUUUCCAUCUUGGCUAUGUGAUCCAGGCAGGGACCUAUAGAUGUUAUGGCUCUUUCAGUAACUCUUCCCAUGUGUGGUCAACCCCGAGUGACCCAUUGUACAUUCCUGUCACAGGAAACUGCACUUCAUGCACAGAAUCACACUUCAAAACUAAUAAUCACAGGAACAUGUAUUUUCUGAUUGGCCUGUCAGUGACUAUGAUCCUUGUCUUCUCCAUCAUCCUGCUUUACUCUUGUUACUUGGACAAAAAGAGCAAAUCACGGGAACAAGCCAGUGAGUCCAUCAUGGACCAAGACUCUGAUGUGAGAACAACACUGAACAGUCAGGACCCUGAAAGACAAGAAGUGCAGGAGGUGACAUACUUGGAAUUUGAUCAGAUGAUCUUCAAACAAAAAUUGACCAAUCCCAUUUCUCAGAGUCCCAAUGAAUUUUCCACAAAUCCUAGUUUGUACAUGGAAGUCAGGAAAUGUUAA